ACCAGGUGGCAUUAAAGUUGGUCAAGACAGGAAAGAGUUAUGCUAGACCAACUUUCGCAUCUAACACGCCUAUCGUCGAUAAAAAAAACCGCAUCUAUCCAUCACGAAUCUCAUUCUGAAAAUCUUCCUAAUCGACCACGCUGAAUCUCAUGCCAAUGCUUGCUUUUAAGAAAGAGUUCAAACAUCUGAUGAAAACUGAGUUUUACAAAAACUAGGAUUUCAAGAUUGUUUUCACCUAAUAUUAAAAAAUUUAUAAUUCACUCAACAAACACCAGCACGAGCUCAGAGCUUCGGGGUAUGGCUAAAUUUAUAUGGUGAACGUAAUUAUAUCAUCAAAAAGUCCAAAACCAUAUUUGUCCUCAAACAUAUUUCAGAAAUCCUUUCGUAACCGACAUUAAACACACAUUGUUUACAAAUUCCGCUAUUAUCCUCGAAAGAAAGCACAUGAAAUUCUGAUUAGCAAAAUAUCAUUUAAAUGCACUUACCAGCAUCCCUCGUAAAUACCCUAACAGCGGUAAGAGCUAGAUAUCAAUACCAGAAACUCCAUCUACUAAUAUCCAUCUAUAAUACUAUCCUACACUACUAAAAAUGUUUGAGGACAAAUACGGUUUUGGGCUUUUUUGAUGAUAUAAUUACGUUCACCAUAUAAAUGUAGCCAUACCCCGAAGCUCUGAGCUCGUGCUGGUGUUUGUUGAGUGAAUUGUAGAUUUUUUAAUAUUAGUUGAAAACAAUCGUGAAAUCCCAGUUUUUGUAAAACUCAGUUUUCACCAGAUUUUUGACCUCUUUCCUAAAAGCAAACAUUGCCGUGAGAUUCAGCAUGGUCGAUUACGAAGAUUUUCAAAAUGACGUUCGUGAUGGAAAGAUGCGGUCUUUUUUAUCGACGAUAGGCGUGUUAGAUGCGAAAGUUGGUCUAGCAUAACUCUUUCCUGUCUUGACCAACUUUAAUGCCACCUGGUACUUAAUGGUUUCAGACCCAUGCUCGUUCUUUUGCGUAGCGGACACUUUUCUCAAAAAUGCUGGCAAGUAGGUUUUCGACAUACGGGUUUCGAAUAAAAAAUUUUUCUAGAAAAUCCAGCAAACGAUGGAGCAUUUCUAAUUACAUGACUGCAUUCAGCAAACAAUGAGCUACGUUUUGAAAACGAGUCUCCAACUCUGAAUUAAAACUUUUAAAUUAAAUUUUAAAUUUCAAAAUUUGAACUUUUCAAAUAACUAAACUCUGAAAAGGGAUGGAGGCCUCGGUCAAACGGCAUUCGAUAGGAAAUUGAAAACUAGACAAACAUAGGGAGUUGCGGAGUUUUCAGCAAAACGUUUGUAUCAAAAGAUUUUCUCAAAAGCCUUUAGGGCCUUUUGGCCAAAAUUUAGAAAACCUAUAAAACCUUCAGUUUUUAAGCCAGAGGCCUAAUUCAAGCGCCAUUGUAUAAAGCGCAUCGAGAUGCAUGUGUGCCAAUAGUUUUUCGCUGAUCGGAUGACCUUAAACGUUAGGACAAAUUUUUUACGUUUUCCUAGCUGUGUUUCCUAUUGCGAAAGGCGUACAUUAUACAUUACAAAGCUGUCAGCCUGCAGUACUGCUGCUAGCUUAGGCCUCGAGCUCCUGAGCGACUUUUCCUUUUACCCUUGUGUCACACGACGCAUUUUCCAAUGAAAUAGUAAAAAUUGUGAAUGUUAGAACCAUUUCAUCACCGAAAACCGCUAGGAAAAAACAAAAAACUUGUCACAACGUUUAAGGUCAUCUGAUCAGCGGAAAACUGUUGGCACAUAAGCAUCUCGAUGUGCUUUAUCAAGCGUUUCGCAUUCGUCAUUAUCCAUCCUCCAAAAUGAUUCAACAACUAUCAACAGAAAUCGGUGUCGCGCCAGAUCGUCUAAGAGUUUGGUUUAAUAAUCAUCGUCAACAAUAUAAACGUCAAGAACCGCUAGCGCGUAUAGCACUCCGCACAUUCUCAUCUCAUUCUGGAUGCGCUUUAACACGCUCUCCAAUGCCGAUUAUUACACAAGUUACAUCUGGAGAGGAACCAUUUCUCUUCACAGCAUCAUGGAAUCCAUCGGCCACGAUGGCCAGGACUUCGGGUAGUCGCCAAAAUCCCUCCGUUUUACCGCCUCCAAGUAGUGUGCCACGGUUAUACCCCUCAUAUAAUCGGCCAGCACCAACCAACUCAACCUGGACAACGACAUUAGGCUAUCAACCAACAAUCUUCGCUCCACCAACAACAUCUGCAUCAGCCAUGGCAUUAUCAACAGCGUCGACAUUAGCAUCCAGUACAAUAUCGACACUUUUUGCCGCCAUCCUAUCAAUCAUGGGAUGUAAAACGACAAAAAAACGAAAACAGAAAGUGAACGAAAAACAUAGUUUGAUUCGAAAUCAUCCAAAUGAUGAUCAAGAACAACUUCCUAUAAAUAUGAAAGGUAUAACAUUAAUCUGGUAUGAUACAAAUAUUCAUCUAGAUACUGAUGAUGAUAAUGAUAAUGAAGAUAUACAUCACACUAUGGAGUUAUUAAAAGAAAAUUAUAUAAAAUCAAUUGAAAAUGAAAAAUUAUUUUUAAUUACUUAUGAUAAAUGUGCUAUUCAUUUAUUACCCUUAAUUCAUCAACAAAAACAAAUUGAUUCGAUUUAUUUGUUUUGUUUAAAACAAAAACCAUAUGAAUAUUUAAUAAAAGAUUAUUCAAAAAUUAUUAGUGUUUAUAUACAACAACAAGAAUUAAUUGAUUCUAUCCGAAAAAACGUAUAUCUUGUUGAAAAACAUAUGGCAACAUUUACUUUUUAUGAUAAAACAAAACAGAACUCUAUUCGAGAUUUAUUUAAUGAACCGGCCUCAUUUUUGUGGUUACUCUUAUUUAAAGACGUUAUUACAAGAAUACCUGUUGAUAAUCAAGCUAAACAAGAACUUGUUGAAAAAUGUCUUGAAUACUAUCAUGAUUUAUGUGAAAAUUUAAAAAAAGAAUAUCAAAUUAUAAAAGAAAAUUUUGAUAUUUUAACUGUUUACCAUGGCGGACGAUUGCGAGAUGAUGAAUUAGAAAAACGGAAAAAUCAUAAAAAUCAACUAAUAUCAACAGAUGGAUUUUUUUCAACUAGUCUUUCGAAAGAAACUGCCUUCCUCUUGCCUGGUAGAUCAACGGAUACAAAAAAACAAGCUGUCAUCUAUGAGAUUGAAUGCAAUUUAAUUGAAUUAAAUGAUGCAGUUAUUUUUGCUCAUAUAGCAAGAUUUAGUGAUAUACCAGAUGAAGAUGAGGUUUUGUUCGAAAUAGGUGCAACAUUUGAAGUUGUAUCUAUUAAGCAUGAUGAAACAUUAAAUAUGUGGAUUGUAAAAUUAAAAACAACGGAUAAAAACUCAAAGAUUGCGAAUGAUCAUAUUGAAACAAAUAGAAAAGAAAUGAAUGAAUCAAGUUCUAAAAUAAUGUUUGAUAAACUUUUAAGUGAAAUUCGUAAGUAUGAUAAAUCACAAGAAUAUUUCGAAAAUCUUUUAGCUAAUCCAAAGGAUGGGGAUAUAGCUGAAAUUUAUAGUUGUCAAUAUGAAAGAGCAUUAGAAUAUCAAUUGAAAUCAUUGAAUAUAACUGAAAAACUUUUUCCAUUAGGUCAUCCAAGUCUUGCUUUUAGUCUAAAUAAUACAGCUGAUGUAUAUGAAAAAAUGAAUAAUUUAAAUAUUGCACUUGAAUAUUAUGAAAGAGCAUUAAUUAUGUAUAAACAAUUUUUACCAAAAGAACAUUUGGAUAUUGUUCGAACAGAAGAUAUUAUUCUGAUAAAAGAAAAAAGAAAAUUACAACAAGAGCAUGAUUAA